AUGUUGAAUGAUCUUCCUGAAGAUGUAUUAAUGGACAUAUAUUCAAGAUUACCCAUCAAGACUAUCUUACAAUUCAAGUCUGUUUGCAAAUCAUGGUAUGAUAUUAUCAAAGAUCCUAUCUUCAUCACCAAGCAUGUUAACUUAUCUAAUCGUAGCAACAAUGGCUAUCUUGCUGUCACACGCCGUGUUGGUACUUUUGGUGGUAAAUGUUUAAUAUCUUUGUUCUCUUAUGAAACAUUUCGAGAGGUUUUUAACAUAACUAUUCCAUCUAAAAAGGAACAUGGCAGGGCACCUUUUAGAAUCGUAGGUUCAUGUAAUGGAUUUGAUUAUGAUCAGGAAACCAAUGACUAUAAAUUGGUCAGAGUUUCUUAUUCUAAGAAGAUGAAAGAGUCAUUUUAUUCAGGAGUUAAUGUGUAUUCAUUGAGGACAAAUUAUUGGAGAAGAAAGGAUACGCUUGUGCAUGGAAGUAUUGUGGAGAAUUCUUUUUCCAAUGGGGACUUAAAUGGUGCUUUACAUUGGAGGGGUGCAAUUAGGAAAAAAGAAAUAAUUCAUAACAUUAUCAUAUCGUUUAAUAUUAGAGAUGAAGUUUCAAGACAACAAUAUGAACCUAGAUUUGAUAUAUGGGUGAUGAAUGAAUAUGGGGUGAAAGAAACUUGGACAAAACAAUUCAGUAUUGGACCUCUCCUAGCAUGGAGCUUUGUUGGAUGUGGCAGGAAUGAAGAACUUCUCUUUGCAACUUCCUCAACAAUGUACCUUUAUGAUCUACAACUACAACAGAUAAAACCUCCUCAUGAUAAUACUUAUGCAGAUGUUAUGGGUUCAAAUUUAAAUUUUGUAGCCGAGAUAGAGGUAGUCAAUCACAUUGAGAGCCUAGUCACAAUUGAAGGAACAAAAGUUUGUGUCAAAAGAGAGCGUAAAAAGUCUCGGUUUAGGGAGAAUUUUAUUUCCAUUAUCUCUGUUGUUUUUAUUUAUUUUGUAGCUAUCCUUGCGGUUUACAUUAAAACGAAUUGA